ACACACUUAAGUACUUUGAGCUUGACGGAAGCCCAGGCAUCUCUACCUUAAGAGGAUCUGCGAGGUCAGGGUGACACAAUCCUUCCUUCCCCCAGCACAGCGGCCAGAUCAGGCAGAUUACAAGCAGCCCAGCAAGGUCACAACAGCUUCUGUGUCCCAGUUCAUCUUAAAUAAGGACGCCAUCUUCUUUUAUUGUUCAAGAAAGAAGUGUCCUUGUCAUACAACAGGAAAAAAAUGCUCUUUUGGCUCUUAGCCCUUCUGAUCCUUUGUGGUUUUCUGUGGAAUUAUAAAAGACAGCUAAAGAUCGCAAAUAUCACUGAUAAGUACAUUUUCAUCACUGGAUGUGAUACUGGCUUUGGAAACUUGGCAGCCAGAACUUUUGAUAAGAAAGGAUUUCAUGUAAUUGCUGCCUGUCUGACUGAAUCAGGAUCAACAGCUUUAAAGGCAGAAACUUCAGAGAGGCUUCAUACCGUGCUUCUGGAUGUAACUGACCCAGAAAAUGUCAAGAGGGCUGCCCAGUGGGUGAAAAACCAAGUUGGGGAGAAAGGUCUCUGGGGUCUGAUCAACAACGCUGGCAUUCUUGGUGUGCUGGCACCCAACGACUGGCUGACGGUCGAGGACUACAGAGAACCUGUUGAAGUGAACCUGUUUGGACUCAUCAGUGUCACGUUAAACAUGCUUCCCUUGGUCAAAAAGGCUCGAGGGAGAAUUAUCAAUGUCUCCAGCAUUGGGGGUCGGCUUGCAUUUGGUGGAGGGGGCUAUUCUCCAUCUAAAUAUGCAGUAGAAGGCUUCAAUGACAGCUUAAGGAGGGACAUGAAAGCUUUUGGUGUGCAUGUCGCUUGCAUUGAACCAGGAUUGUUCAAAACCAAUUUGUCAGAUCCAGAAAAGGCUGCUGAAAAAAAACUUGCCAUUUGGAAGCAUCUGUCUCCAGACAUCAAACAACAAUAUGGAGAAAGCUACAUCAAGAAAAGCCUAGAAAAAUUGAAAGGCACCGCAUCCUUUGUGAACGUGGAUCUGUCCCUGGUGGUGGAGUGCAUGGACCAUGCUCUCACAAGUCUCUUCCCUAAAACCCGUUAUGCUGCUGGAAAAGAUGCCAAAACUUUCUGGAUCCCUCUGUCUCACAUGCCAGCAGUUUUGCAAGACUUUUUAUUGUUGAAACAGAAAGUAGAGCUGGCUAAUCCCAAGGCAGUAUGACUCAGCUGAUGACAAAUACCUGCCCCAGGCUGUGAAAUUGGCUGAUUUCUAGGACACAUCUCCUCAAUCUCAUUCUUUACCUAAUCCAAACUGGACUCAUUUAGAUCAAACUCCUUUUGGUAAAAAAGACAGGCUGCCACCAUCACCUUUGAGGUCCCAGGGUCCCUCCUUAAAUUUUUCUUGAGAAGAUGGGCAGGGAUGGCACCUGCCCGAUAUUUAGUCUUUGCCUGCUGGUUAUAAUGUAUGGAAAGUGGACAGGCUUUCCCAUCCAAAAUGAUUUUUCACCCGUGCCUGUCCCAUGCUUCUAAUCCAUAUCACUUAGAGUGACUCCUGAAUGUUAAAUAUUUGUUUCUGAUCAAAAUAUUAAGAGAUAAGUAAAAUAAUUUCUUAAAGGGGGA